UUGUCGCUGUGACUUUGACCUCCAUAAAAGCCUUGGAGCUGACGCAUGCGCAAACAGUAAUGACAAACCUGAUAGAGUAUUCAAUAUGCUUGUCGCUGUGAACUAAGGGGGGCGAGUCGACUAUCUCCCUGGCAUAUCUUGUAACUAUUUUCAUAAUGUGACUGGAUAGAAAAGGAAAACACGGUUCCAAAGGCAUGGUAACUGUUAAACCUCCAUAAUGGAAAACAACCUCUCUUCGUCUUCUUCAAAUGUUAAUGGCAGCGGGAUGUUCUCUGGAAGUCGUCGGCUUUCCGUUCGGCCAUCCAGUCCAACAGGAUUCGAAACAGGAGGACGUCGAAGUUCCCGUGCCAUGCUUGACCAAAAGGAUCUCUCGCCAGCCAUUCUAAAAAUGGAGCUUUUGAGCCGAGUCAUAACGCUUGCCAUGAAAAAAGAAUGGUCGUCAGUUGAACAACAUCUUAACAUCCUUGAGAAAAACAACUUGGAUUUAUCGUCGUCCGAACUUGAAGACAAUGGCCUUACGCCUUUAAUGCUCGCAUCGAGGGAUAACAAACAUAAUAUCGUGGAAAAAUUAUUAGAACUUGGUGCAGUUGUAACAGACAAAGACAAGGAGGGCCGCAAUGCUCUUCACUACGCCGCUUCUACAGGAUCGGAUGGAAUCGUUAAACUGUUGCUCACAAAGAAAGUGGACGCUACGGUUCCGGCUGGGCCUCUGGAGCAGCUACCACUGCACAUGGCGUGCUCCCGGCCGUCUGGUGCCUUGGAGAUCGUACGAAUAUUACUUAAAGUUUCGGGAAAAGAUUGCAAGCUCAUACAAGAUAAGAGUGGUGCUUCACCUCUCUUUCUGGCUGUUUCUGUUGGCAAUCAACAAGUGGUAAAAGAACUUCUCUUCUCACAAGCAGAACAACAAGUCAACCUUAUAAAAACGGAAACUGGUGAAACAUGUUUACAUGCUGCUGUCAAGAGGAAAGACUUAGAAAUCACAAAAAUACUAAUCGAGUCAAAUUGUCCCAUUGAUGUCAAAAACAAUGAUGGGCAAACAGCUUUACACGUCGCUGCCAUGGAAGGAGAUGAAACUAUCGUGAAACUACUCUUCGCAGCCAAGGCUGAUGCAAACGUCGCAGAUAAUCAUGACCGCACACCUCUUCACAUAGCGGCACAGAAAGGCCAUUCCUCCAUCUCUGAGUUUCUGAUCGAUAAAUUUAGAGCUAAUGUCAAUCUACGAACCAAAGAUGGUAGUACAUUAAUGCAUGUCGCAGCUCAUGCCGGUCAUCCAGACACUGCAUUGGUAUUUCUGAGAAGAGGUGUUCCUAUGCAUAUGCCAAAUAAGGAUGGAGCGGUUUGCCUUCACGCUGCCGCACGUAAAGGUCACGUGGGUGUCGUCAAGGCGUUGCUAUCGAAAGGGGCGUUGGUCGACACGAAGACUAAGGAUGACUACACAGCUCUCCACAUCGCUGUUCAACACGGUAAACCAUUGGUCGUCCAGACAUUACUAGGAUUUGGAGCGAAUGUUCAACUCAAGGGUGGCAAGGAGCAGCAAACCCCUCUUCACAUCGCAGCAAGAAUCAAGGAUGGUGAAUUGGUAGCUGAGAUGUUAAUAAAGAGUGGAGCAAAUGUUAAUGCACCAAGAGUUAACGGUGAAACAGCGGUUCAUAUUGCUGCACGGUUUGGAAAUCUCGCGACUCUCAAGUUAAUACUCAGCGAGAAGGCUGAUGCUGCGAGACGCGCAAAGAACGGUGAGACCCCCCUCCAUCAUGCCAUCAAGAAUGGACGUCUGAAAGAGCUAGAAGAACUCAUAAUCGUCCUUUUCAAAUCAAAGUCCAAAGCUGUUGCAAAGCUCGUGCUUAACAUGCCAACCGAUAAAGGUGAAACACCUCUGCACUACGCAGCCCAGUUGUCUAAAGCCUCAAUUCGAGGAAACUUUGGAGUGUCAAUAGCAAAGCUUCUCUUACGAUAUGGUGCUGACUGCACCGCAGUGACGCAUUCGUCCAAAGAGACGCCUCUACAUGACUGCUCAAGGUCCGGGAACAAUGAUACGUUGAAGAUAAUACUCGAGUCUAUGCCUCAAAGCAAGAUACAAGCUGCAGUCAAUAAACGUUCAACGGUUGGGCUUGCCCCGUUACACGUGGCCAGUGAGAAAGGUCAUCUAGAUGUGGUGAAGACAUUGCUAAAGUUUCAAGCACGUGGUGACGUAUUUGAUGACACAGGGAGAGCGGCACUUCAUUUGGCAGCUGAACGUGGUCACCUAGAGGUAGCACAGGAAUUACUAGAACACAAGGCUUAUGUCAAUGCUAAAACAAAGGUUGGUUUGACUCCACUACAUCUGGCGGCAGAGAGUGGACAUAAAGAACUUGUUGGUUUGUUAGCCAGCCGUUAUAUGGCCAGCAUAGAUGCUCUUACACUGGACAAGAAAACACCUCUACAUUUAGCAGCAGAGAAAGGACGAAUCAGCGUGUGCCAGCACUUAUUAGAAAUACAAGCAGAUAUCAGUGCUGUGGAUAAUAAAGGUCAAACACCUCUACACUAUGCAGCGCAGAACGAUCAUUCAGAAGUUGUGUCGCUCUUCCUCAAACACAAACCAGACCUUUUACAGGAAGUCAAUGCAGAAGGCUGUACAUGCGUACAUAUUGCCGCGAUGAAAGGUAGUGUUGCUGUCAUGAAAAAGCUUAUCAAGUUCAAUCCAGCAGGAAUAAUAACCUCAAGAAACAAG